AAUUUGCUCUAAACAACUCUACCUUCUAUAUCUACAUACCUUGUCUAAAACAGCGGUUGAAGACAAAACAGCUGAUCAUACGAUCGCAAAAUGAUAACAAGAGUUGGAAGCAUUUUGAGAAAGCUUCAUCUCACCGGUGUUUCACAAAAAUGCUUGUCGACGUAUACGUGCAGGGAUGGAGUUGGCACUAUUUUAUUGGACAAUGAAAAAACGCGCAAUUCCCUUUCGUUGGACAUGAUGAACAGUAUUCACAGCAAUAUCGUCGACAACCAGCAUGAUACGGAACUGCGGUGCAUUGUUUUGGCGGCACAAGGUCGUGUAUUUUCGGCCGGGCAUAACCUUAAAGAACUAACUCCUGAGCACGGUUCAGACCGCCAUCGGCAAGUGUUUGACAAAUGUUCGGAGUUGAUUGAUGCCAUCCGAUUGGCGCCGGUUCCUAUCAUUGCCAAGGUGGAUGGCUUAGCUGCCGCAGCUGGGUGUCAGCUGGUAGCGUCCUGUGAUACGGCAAUUUGCAGCGAUAUCAGUACAUUCUCUACACCUGGGGCCAGCUUCGGCAUAUUUUGCUCGACGCCGGGGAUCGCUGUGGUACGGGCCAUACCCCGCAUGAGAGCGGCGUACAUGCUAUUUACCGGGCUACCCAUAACUGCGAGCGAAGCUCUCGAGGCCGGACUUGUCAGUAAGGUAGUUCCCAAAGCUCAGCUUAACGAAGAGGUAGAUACCAUUUGCAAAGCCAUCGCAUCGAAAAGUCGUGCUGUCAUUGCACUGGGUAAGAAUUUUUUUUACAAGCAAAUACCGCUGGAUGUUCCUGCGGCGUAUGAGCUCGGUGCACAAGUAAUGGUUGAAAAUCUAGCGACAACCGACGGACGCGAAGGAAUCAAAAGCUUCGUAGAAAAGCGACCGCCGCGUUGGAGCCACCAGGGAUAAAGCGGUUGAACGUAGAGUUAGGGAGUUUUACCGCAUUUUGUACUGUGCUAUAUUUUUUAUUGAAUGAUUCACUUAGCGAUUCGUAAGCCAUAAAACAUAGUGCAAGUAAGGUAUACUUGAAUAGCCACCACAACUUUGUGCAAUGUUCGCUAUAGCGUAAAUGCCUGUAGUACACGGUACCCAAUACAUUCGUAACUAUUCUUUACAAAUUUAAAUGAAAUGAACUUGCAUUUAUAAUAAAUAUAAUGCAUAAAUGCACAUGCAUGCAAACUAA